AUGCCCGGCAUAUCACCUGAUGUCAUCAGCCACAAGCUCAGCAUCUCCACCGCCCACAAACCGCCCACAAGCUCGUACGAUGCCGAACGGUACGAGGCAAUGCGUGCCGAAGUUGACAAGCUCAAAGCCAUCGGCUUUAUCAGGGAAGCUACGUACCUUGUUUGGCUUGCCAACUCAGUCAUGGUUCGGAAGGCCAGGGGAGGAUGGCGGAUGUGUCAGGACUAUUCCGACCUGAAUAAGGCUUGUCCGAAGGACAGUUUCCCCUUACCGAGGAUCGACCAGCUCGUCGAUGCUGCCGCCGGGCACGAACUGCUCAGCUUCAUGGACGCGUAUUCAGGAUACAACCAGAUCUUCAUGGACCCUGCCGAUAGAGAACAUACGGCAUUCAUCACGGAUCGCGGUUUGUACUGUUACAAUGUCAUGCCCUUCGGCCUGAAGAACGCGGGGGCAACUUACCAACGGCUCGUCAACCGGAUUUUUGCUAAAUACAUCGGCGGCAUCAUGGAGGUGUAUGUCGACGACAUGUUGGUAAAAAGCCAAACGGCAGGGGAUCACCUGGAAAACUUGGCCCUCAUGUUCGGUAUUCUAAAGGACUACCAAAUGAGGCUGAACCCGACGAAGUGCGCCUUCGGUGUAUCUUCCGAAAAAUUUCUCGGGUUCAUGAUCAGUCAAAGGGGAAUCGAGGCCAAUCCCGAGAAAAUCAAAGCCAUAAUCGACAUGGAGACGCUGAAGACGCAAAAGGACAUUCAGAGCCUUACCGGACGUGUCGCUGCCUUGACACGUUUCAUCUCCAAGGCUACCGAUAAAUGCGUGCCAUUCUUCAAAGCUUUGAAAGGGGGCAAACAUCAUAUAACAUGGACUCCCGAAUGCGACCAGGCAUUUCAAAACUUGAAGAACUACAUGAGCCAGGCACCACUGUUAUCAAAACCGCUCCCAGGGGAGGUACUACUCCUAUACCUUUCGGUAUCCAAUACUGCCGUUAGCUCAGUGUUGAUAAGGAAGCUGGAGAAGGCGGAGCUACCGAUCUUUUAUGUCAGCAAGGCGCUCCAGAGCGCAGAGCUUUGCUACCCACCCUUGGAGCAGCUAGCACUGGCCCUGGUCGUCUCGGCGCGAAGACUUCGCCCUUACUUCCAGGCUCACGAGAUCACAGUUCUGACGAACCAGCCUCUUCGGCAGGUGCUCCAGAAGCCGGAAACAUCUGGUCGAUUGGUCAAAUGGGCAAUCGAGUUGGGGGAGUUUGACAUACAGUUCAAACCAAGGCCUGCAGAAAAAGGCCAAGCCGUUGCCGACUUCAUCUCCGAGCUCACACCUCCCGCUCUAUCGGAACCAUCAUCGCCGAGCGCCAUCCCUCUUGCACCAGAGAAAGUGGAUACUGAACGCUUCAACACCUCCGUUCCUCUCUGGAUCCUGCAUGUGGAUGGCUCGGCAAACCAGCAAGGCUGUGGCACCGGGUUGGUGUUAACCACUCCUGACGGUAACAAAAUCGAGUACGCCCUCCGAUUCAACUUCCGGACCUCCAAUAAUGAGGCGGAAUAUGAGGCCCUCCUGGCUGGCCUUCGGCUAGCCCAGAGCAUGAGCGCGAGGCAGAUCAGCAUUCACAGCGACUCCUAG